AGUACAGUAUUCUAUUAAUUUCAUUUCACCUUUCUCUUCCUCUUUUCUCUUUUCCAUCCCAGAGACAGUGACAGAAAUAAAUUGAAAACAGAGAAAGAUGAACGGCGACGACGACAAGGGUUUGCUGUGGAAGCUCCCAGUGGUGAAGUCCGACCACUUUGGCAAGGUGGGCCCCGCCUUCGGCAUCGGUGCCGGCUGCGGCCUCGGUUUCGGCCUUGGCCUUCUCGGAGGAGUGGGUGUUGGCCCUGGAAUUCCUGGAUUCCAAGUUGGUUUUGGAUUUGGUGCUGGAUGUGGUGUUGGUUUAGGGUUUGGCUAUGGUGUGGGGAAAGGAAUUGCACAAGAUGACAACAAGAGAUACUCUAAUGUUGGAAAUCCUUUCCGUGGUUCUAGAAGCAUCAUUUCUGAGGAUGAUAUUACUGCACUUGUGGACGACCUUGUCAUUAAUACUAAAAAGCUUAUCAAGGCAACAUCAAAAGAAAUUGACAAGUGGAGAAGAUAAUUGAAGAGACCAUUUUAAGUACAGUUGUAUAAAGAAAAAGCUCUGUCAAUAUUUUCCAUUAUUUAUAUUAAAUCAAGGCAAACUCAGCUUAUUCAGACUCGUAACAGUAUACAUGAGAUACUAAAUUGUCAUGUUAAUACAUAGCGGGGGCUGUUAUUUGGCCUUAAUUGAAGUUCAA